AUGUCCGAAGCUCCACCACCAUACGAGGCGGCGAUGGACCCCGAGCGAACUACAACGGGACCAAAAGCACCGUCUGCUGCUCCUGGACCUCAUGGAUACGAGACUGAAUCCGCAGCCAAUGGGAUCUUAUCCUUGCAGAUCAAGCAGAACGAAAAUGUUCUAUACUACAUCUCCCAUUACAACGAGGUCAAUACUCCUGACAUCAUACUGUUCGCCGACUACAACCACAAGGGACCACGACUCGCCCAGGCGAGCUUCAAUCCGCCCGGCAAAGACUUCAAGUUUUACAUUGGUGGAAUCAAAUCUCCGACUGGCGACGACUGGGACAUUGUACGAGACUACACGCUGGUCGAUGAACGUGACGAUGAGGUCGUGGCUGUCUUCGUGGAGCACUUCUCUUUGGAGAUCAAUGGCACCAUGACCUUUCGACGGGAGCUAGAUGCGAAAGCUGAGAUGUCGGCUUUGAUGGCCCAAGUUGGCUCCAUCAAACUCCCACGCGACACGAUCAAUGACAUAACGGCUCCCAACGUAUACCUUCCUCGACCGAUGAGCAGAUACAGAAGCUUUUCCGGGGCUCUCAUCGACCCAGAGAAGCAGAGACGCGGCUCAGAAGACUCGAUCGAUGCACAUGAUUACCUCUCCUCAUCACAGCCAAUGCUCGGCCAAGGCGCCGCAAGAGCUCCCACAUACGCAUACCAUCUUCCACGGCGACGAUUCAGUCGAUACUUUACGCUUGCAAUAUCUGCGAUCAUCGGCUUCUUCAUCUGGUACCUUGUGCGAGCAAGUUUGUCCAGCAGGGCGGCGGUAGAGCUUGGGAUUGGGAGGCCUGCUGCGCCUCCGCCAGCAUGGGAAGGCUUUCCCUUCUUGAAAAGAUACCAUGGCGGAAUCAGGACGCUGGUGUCACGAGAGGAUGAUACGCCGGAAUACCCAGUGGCCGAGGAUGUAGAAGUGCAGCGACUAGUGGAUGCUGCGAUGGAGCAGAAGAAGAAGGCCGAUGCGGUGACAUCGAAAGAGAAGGGAUUCAACAAGAAGCGGGAGAUACCUGAGGUGAAAGAGCAAGUAGCCUUCCCGCUGCCGCAUCGAUUCGAUCCGUAUCCCAAGUAUGGUGUCGAGGGAGACAGGAAAGGCUUUGCGCCGCCAGUAAAAUGCUAUGUCGAUGCGAAGGAGAAGCGGGAGGUACCACAGCUGCUGGCGUUCAACGGCACGACAAAAGGCUUCCCUGACCCGGUCAUGGGCUCGUACGACUUGCUUGGUUUGAGAAAGGAUGUGUGCUUUGAACGACACGGCAGACUUGGACCCUAUGGAUUUGGAUACAGCAAAAAGUUUGGCGGAAGCGGUGCGGGCAUGGACGGUGACAGAGAGGGCGCUGAACACGUAUGGGGUGACGAGCUGGAGAUCGAUUAUCGAAAUGUGAAAUGGGCAGAAGUGCAGGAUAAGUGCGAGAAAGACAAUGCGCACAGGUUCAAGGCUCCGCCGAAGCAAAGAUUGAAUCACUUUUUCACAUCCAUGGCAAGUGGCGGUCCGGUCGAGGAAAAGCAGACCUCGAAGCGGGCGGAGGAAGAGCCCAAAGUUCAAGAGUCGACGGAGCUUCUCAAUCGGACUGUGGUGCUCAUCCGAACAUGGGACUCGUUUGAGUAUGAUGCCGAAGACAUGUUCUACUUGCGCGCGUUAGUGAACGAGCUGUCGAUUCAGUCCGGCACUGAGUACGUCGUUCACUUUCUCGUACAUGUGAAGGACAACGAUGCGCAGAUCUGGGCGGACGACGAGACGUACCAGCGUGUGCUCGAAAAAGCGCUGCCGGCAGAGUUCAAGGGAAUGGGCACCCUCUGGUCCGAGAGGCAGAUGGGUCUGAUAUAUGGAGGUCUCGCAGAAAGCAAUUACCGUGACCUCCAAGUUCACGGCGCUUACAGGAGUACAUACAUGCCCGUGCAAUACUUUGCGCACAUGCAUCCGGAGUACGACUUCAUCUGGCAUUGGGAAAUGGACGUUCGCUAUACUGGCCACUUCUACCACCUCUUCCAGAAGGUCUCGCAGUGGGCAAAGCAGCAGCCUCGCAAGGGUCUCUGGGAGCGGAACGGCAGGUUCUACGUCCCAGCCGAGCAUGGCAGCUGGGAGGACUUCCGCCACAUGGUACGAAUCCAGACCGAGCACGGGACAGCGAGCAAAGAGAACAUAUACGGCAAGCUCGCCUCUGACGCGGGCGUCAAGAACCCCAUGGACGUCGCUUCUCAUAGCCACGAGACUCCAGUAUGGGGUCCUCUUCGUCCCAGUGGCGAAGGCGACACGACCGCGGAUCCUGACAAUGACCCACAGCCUCCCACAGUCUUCGACAAGGACAACUACGAGUGGGGCGUCGGCGAAGAAGCCGAUUUCAUCACCUUCAACCCUCUCUUCGACCCCCACAAGACCAACUGGAUCCUGGCCGAAGAUGUCACGGGCUACAAUACCACCGAAGGCUAUCCACCUCGCAGGACCGCAAUCAUCACCGCCUCGCGCCUCAGUCACCGUCUGCUGGAGACCAUGCACCGCGAAACUACCCUACAGCGCCACACCAUGUUUUCUGAAAUGUGGCCUGGCAGCUGCGCUUUGCACCACGGCUACAAAGCCGUCUACGCUCCUCAUCCAGUCUACAUCGACCGUGCGUGGCCGACCUCGUACCUCGCGGCCGUGUUCAACAACGGUCGCAAUGGCGCUACGGGCGGUGCACGUACGAGUGUGUUUAGCGAUGAGCGACAGCACAAUUUCUUGGGUACGACUUGGUACUACCACGCUGGAUUUCCGGCGAAUUUGUGGAAGAGGUGGUUGGGGUAUAAGGUUGACAAUGAUGGAGGGGAGGAGUGGGAGCUUGCGAAUGAGGGCAGGAUGUGUUUACCUGCUAUGUUGCUGCACCCGAUCAAGCAGGUGGACUUGAUUGUUGAGCAUUUGGAAGGAGAGCCGGUCUGA